AUGUCGAAUAGUUACUCGUGCGGUCUCCGAAAGAGCUCGGCCUUGCAACUGUUGGCGGAUGUUUUCCCGUGUCUGUUGACACCACCGAGGCUUGUCAGAGUGCCACUUGGGACACCGGCUUAUCUGCAUUUGCUCCAGACAGGUUGCAUUUUCAAGGAUCCGAGGGACAUGGUCGAAUAUGAGCUCGACUACUUUACUGUGGCUCUGGAACUCAAAGGUAACAAGAUUGUUGGCACACAGCUUGAUCUCCUGCACCCCUCUGCACUCCUCGAUGUUGAGAUGCUCCAGUCGAAGAGGCCCAAACAAGCCGACAGGAUGAGGUCUAGUGCCCCGUCGAGUAGAGUAACUUUACUCAACCUCAGAUUCCGGAGGGACAUAUUAGUAUGCAAUUUGGGCAAGCACGGCCAGGUGUAG